AUGUACUCAUCCGAAACCGAAGGCAUUAGUCAGGAUAACAUUUCAGCAGAGCUACACGCUCUAAAUUUGAUAAAUGUGCCCCCAUUCAGCCGAUUAAAUCCUCGCAUUUGGUUUGCGCAAGUAGAAGUACAAUUUCAGCGUCGCAACAUACGCUCACAGGCAUCUAAAUACUCUUUUGUGCUUGGAUUACUUCCCACUGAAGUUGCAUCUGAGGUGUCAGAUUUGAUAGAUAAUAUUCCUGCAUCUAACCCGUAUGAUCAAUUGAAGCAGGCAAUUAUUCAACGUACCUCAUUAUCGGAUGAAAAGAGAUUACAGCAACUACUGCACGAAUGUGAGCUAGGCGACAAAUCACCGUCUCAAUUAUUACGACACAUGAGACAAUUAGCUGGCCCUUAUAAAUUUGUUGAUGCUUUCCUUAAGGAGAUAUGGCUACAACGCUUGCCAACUGUAGUUAGGCAAAUUCUUUGCGCUUCUAGCCAACCAUUAGAAUUAGAAAGUCUUGCUAGCAUGGCCGAUAAAAUUUUAGAAGUUACACCCUGUACUACACCUUACGUACAGACAAUAUUAGAAACUUCGAACGAUAAGCAAACUCCCACCAUAGCAUCGUUAACUGCUGAACUAGGCGAACUACGAGCACAUCAUGAACGAACUAUCGCUAGUCUUGAAAAUAAACUGGAUGCAUUGCAAUUAUUAAUCUCCAAUUUCACAUCUACAAGACCUCGUUCUAGUUCUCGAGGGAGUAAGAAUCGAGAUAACUCAAAAGGAAAUAAAAACGACGACAACAUAUGUUGGUACCAUAAAAAAUAUGGUGACAAAGCUAGGAAAUGUGUUACGUCUUGUAAAUUCUUCAAGUCAUUUUCCUCACCAAAACGUGUCAACCAAACAAUGGUAGCGACAAAAGUUUCUGGUCAUGCGCCUACUCGUCUUUUCCAUGUUCUUGAUAAAACUUCAGGGUACAAAUUCUUAGUAGAUACUGGAGCUGAAGUCAGUGUCAUCCCAGUUACCUUAGCCAAUAAACCUAUUGCUAAGAGUGGAAAAUAUACGCUAAGGGCAGCCAAUAAAACCGAAAUAAAGACAUUUGGCGAACAAUUUCUAACAUUAGACUUGGGAAUUAGACCUUCAAGUCCUGGGAAUUCAGUCGGACUACCACAUACAUAG